GUAAUGAGCUUUUGUAAUCGCACUGAUAAGAUAAAACGAUGUCACAUCGGUAUUUGUGUAACAAGUGCCCCUUUCAGGUGGGCACAAUGUUAUCAUGCAGUUGUGUGUGCAAGAACCUCAUAUCUGUUAACUAUUCCCAUUUUUCUUUGCUCAGCUUUUACUAUGCAAUGAGCAAUGCUCGGCGCCUUACGACUCUAUUUGCUUGUUUUUUGAAUUUAUAAAUAAGUAUAUUUCUUGCAAUGCAUAAAUUCUUAAAAUGCCUUGGGAACCAUUAAUGUUAGGAUGAAAGUAUUCGAAUAUAAUUUGCUCCAAGUAAAAUCAAAAGUUUUUAUCUGAAAGAGAUAUAGUUAAAGGAUAUCAAAUCCAGAAUAAGUAUAGAUUGCACGAGUUUAAGAACUAUUAUUAUUGCUUAUAGAAGUAUUUUUUACUGACUCUAAUGUAGUGAAUAGUAUGGUAUUAUGAGUCAUUGGAAGUCAAGGUCAGAUUUACUAUGGAUAUGAUGGUUAUAUUGAUAAUAUGUAUAAAAACUACUUAUAUUCUGAAGUUUUUUAUUUUGCAACUCUAAAACAAUUUAAAAAUAAUUUUAAAGCUAACUCUUUAAAUAUGCGUCUCUUAAUUAAUAAAUAUCUUCGAUCAAAUAAGUAUGUUUUCAACAACGACUUUCGGAUUUUUUAUUGUUGUGAUGCCAUUAUUGAGUGUACGUUGUGUCAUAGUAUUCUAUAUAUACACAUACAUAUAUUAUUUUAUUACUACUUACUUUUUUUUAAUUUUGAUCGUUAGUAGCGUGCUGCCAUCGUACAGCCAAAUUUCUCAGAGCGCGCUUAAUGGCACGCUUGGCGAGUUGAGAGCAGUGCCUGAGUAGAGUCUCAAAAGCGAUAAAAAGGCUUGUUUUUGUGUAGAUACGUAUGUACGUAUGCAUGUGUAUGUAUAUUUACUCGCACGUAAUCUAAAUUCACGAGUAGGACCAUGUGUAUGUUAAGCCAUUUCGGCUUGGUUGUGCAGGUGAUGAGUCAUUUCAUAUCGAGCGCCUGCAUAUAAUGAGAAUAAUUAAGAAAUGUUUGAAAUAUACAUAUGUAAUUAACAAAUUAUAUUUGUUGUAUUUGAUAUUCUAUUACCAAAUUGUGUUGAAAAUCAGCAGGUUUGCCGAAGAUUAGAUAUAAACUCGGUACAAUGUAAACACCAAAAAUUGGUAUUGCUGAUGAGUCAGAAGCUUAUGUACUUGUACAUACAUAUGUAUAUGUUUUUGUGUAUAUAUAGUGUGGCUUUAUAUUUUUGCAUAGCAAUUACUUUUUGCAAUAUUUAUUGAAAAUGAUAAAUCGCUUCCGUUGCCAUUCGAAACUUCAAAUGUUAAUAUUUACGCGGCGGCUUUGGUGCUGUUCACACCACCUACGCUCUUUAAUGAUUCUCUUCAACAUACAAAAUACGUAUAUACGCACAGUGGGAAGCUUUGAAGAAUAUUUACUAAGUUCUUUUAAGACGUUAUUUGCCGAUGUAAAGUAACUAUGUAUUUCAGUUGAUGAUAUUAGCGCAGCUUUUUGAAUAGCUUAAAACGUUGAUUUUUAUUAAAAAAAAAAUUGUAUUUUCAUUUAAACUGUGUCUCUUAAUUAAAUUACACCUACUCGCAGGGGCGUACGCAAAGGAGGUUUUAGAGGUUCCAAAAAAUACAGGUCGGCAGCACCAAAUAUUUCCAUUUUUUUAUGUAAUGCAAAAUUUGAACAGAAAUCCCCCUGAGAUUUGUUUCUCCAUACGCCGCUGCAUACUCAUAUUAAUUCAUUUUAUGUUUCUUCAAAUGUUCCCGCUUAAAUUCAAGUUAACGUAUUCAGCGCGCAUGUGUGUUGACAAACGUUUCGUGAGCGUGAGUCAUUUUAUUGGCGUGCUUCGCCAAGUUUGGCUGUCAUACUUUAUUUCUGGCUUUGCUUGCUCAAUUACAUUAAUUAUACACUCGCAACAUCUUUCAUAAAGUAUAACAAUUUUGUUUACAUUCACGAACUCAGAUAAAAAGUUAUACAAAUAUGUAUAUUAAAGACAUGUAUCGUUAAUCUCUUAUCUCUACAAAACUCGAUAAAACUGUGUUCUCGGUAACAAACUUUUACAUUUAUUGCUACAAUUACCAUAUUAAAAUUGACAUUGGAUUGAUAAUUCAAUCAAAUUCGGAUAACAGAAGAUACCAUUUAUACAAAUAUGUUAGUCUAAUGUUAGCUCUUUCAGUUGAUUUUGCAAUUCUUUCUUAUGCAAGACGAGAUAUGUAAGUAUGUGUGAAUGAAAUUUGGUAAACAAGCUACCUUGCACCUAGUUAGGUACCCUCCCCAGUUACAAAAGAGUACCUACCAUAUAUACUUAAGGCAUCUAUAAGUCUGUAGUCUUCUUUAAACUUGCAAUAUUAAAAAUUAUGUUACGAGAGAAUUUUUUCCUGCCUUACUUGCUGAUGUUAUUUUCUGAUUAUACGAGUAUACAAUACAAAAAAUAUCUAAUCUUCUCUGUUUUCUUUUGUUCAAUUUUCCCUGAUUUUGUUUUGAUUCUACAUUCGCAUGACUGUGUCUUUUCAGAUUGCGCCACACCGCAUUUCUGGUGUAUUUUUGUUUUUAUUAUUUCGUCAUUCUCGCUUUUCAUAUGUGCAUUGUUGUUGUUGAGGCGUAAGUUUUUGUGAAUGAAAGCCGCAUGUGUUUACACACGAGCACAUUGCACGAGAACUUAGCAAGGGUAAGCGCGCUCCAGAGCUAGCACAGAGAAGUAGUGAGCGUUAAAGAGAGUUAAAUACGAAAACGCAGAUUAUGUUUUUUUUGCAUAAGUAGAUUACAGCCAAGAGUGUUAGAAUACAAUAUUACGCUUUCCACAGACCACUUACCUGCAGUUAUCAUUUUUGGCAGUCAUCUGUAUGAGUUGACUACGUCAUACUAUCAAACAUUCAUAUAUCAUAUAACGUAUAUGCAUAUACCCUGAACAGGAUAGAUAGAACUGGCAUACAAACUGAGCGGUUUUUCAUUUGAUGAGCCAUCUUCACGAGAUUUGUCAUGAAUGCAAUGGUGCAAUCUUCUAAGAAAUUGUUUACAUCGCAUCACUAUACCGAUCAAAUUCUUGUAAAGUAUUUUUGGUACUUGUGAAGGGUAUUAACCGAAGUUAACGGCGAAUAUCGCAUUCGAUGGAACGAUGAGCUGUACGAGAUAUACGACAACAUUGACAUAGUUCAGCGAAUUAAAAGACAGUGGCUACGCUGGCUAGGUCAUGUUGUCCGGAUGGACAAAAACACUCCAGCUCUGAAAGUGUUCGGUGCAGUACCCGCCGGGGGAAGCAUAGGAAGAGGAAGACCUCCACUCUGUUGGAAAGACCAAGUGGAGAAGGACCUGGCUUCGCUUGGAAUAUCCAAUUGGAGCCAAGUAGCGAAAGGAAGAAAGGACUGGCGCGCUGUUGUUAACUCGGCUAUAAUCGCGUAAGCGGUGUCUACGCCAGUAAAGAAGAAGAAGAAACUUCAUUUGCAAUUUUUACUAAAUAAACAAUGUCAAUUCAAAUCUGUCCGUCGGCAGUACUAUCAGUUUUUAUAGUAAUUAGACAUGUAUCAAUAGAGGUAUCUGGGAUACUAUGGCCUACAAAAUGCAUAUAUACAUAAUAUAUACAUAUGAUAUGUGCGAAAUACGUCCCUCAAAUCAAAUAAAAGUACACUUUCUUAUCACUGCCAGUGAUCAAAUGCUCGAAUCUAUGACCUGAAUAGAGCAAAUUUUCAUACUUUGUUAAGGUCUUUUUGAUAGCGAGACGGCGAAUAACUAAAAUAUAAAUUAUUUUACUGCGGCAUUUAACACGUAAACAAUAAAUAUGUUUUAAUUUCUUAAUUUCUAUGUUUUUCGAUGAGGUAUAUAUUACAUAAUAACUUCACUUUCGUAGAAACUUUUUAUUUCUCAUACUCAGUGCGUACCAGUUCUACUACACUCUCAAUGCCACUGCUGGUUCUGUUCGGUUCGAUUAAUUUGAAUAUAUGAAUGUUAGUUGUUUUCGUCCUUACGUUCGUCCUUUUUAACGAACAAGGCAUGAAAUGAGUGUUCAGUUCGAACCAAACCGUUGCGCUGAGCGGAUGUGGUCGGCUCUUAGUCUAGCCACACGAAGCAUUCAAACGGAAAAAGUGCACAGCGCGGGCAGAAGAAACGUUUAUUCACACAGCUUCCCGCAAUCGUUGCUCCCUAAUACGUUAAUGUCACAGUGUACUGUGUGUGUAAAUUAAUUUUUCUUCGUAUUGCUGUUUUUGUGGCGCCCACAUAUACAAAAAAAAAUGAAAUAGUUGUACGUACGUUCGCCAGCGAUUUCGCUAAUACCAUUUAUUUAAUCGCCGCUAACUUUAACGCCAACACUUGUAUAAAUAUGUGUGUAUCAGUGUGGUGCAACUUUCAAUCGUUGUGUUUUAGAGGAAAAUAAAUUCAGGCUGCUAACGAAGUGUGAGAAAGCGUACACUAUAUGAGCAAUGCCUGUUUGUGUGGCAUACUAAUAGGCGCCUUGACGAGUAUGAGCAAACUAAAAGCUGUCUCGAAUGAAAAUGUUUUCGUGCUAGCUAAAUAUGAUUAAAAGUUAAGUUUGUAGCCGUUAUUAUAUAAUGUAAAUAUCUCCAGAAAUGAUAGUAUUUCUAGGCAUGCUUCUUUCCAAAGCAAAAAUGCGGAUUGUUUAGAAAAGUCAAAUAUGAGUUCAGAGGUAUUCUGUUUUGAUAUAUCCAUAUAUAUGUUUAAAAACGGUUGAAAUGCAGACAUUUGAUUAGAAUUAAAAACAUUGAAAUACAAUAAAGAAACAUCAAGAAAACGUGGAAGAAUUUUCGAAGCAGUGUAACUUCGGAUUAAUAAAAUCAAAAUAACGAACAAUAAUUCAUAGAACAUCUGUAAUGAUUUCUGACAUAAGUAAAUCAAAAUAUAGGGGAAAAUGUGAAACGCUUAUUUACAUUUAGAUUAGAAUAUAACCUACAUUAUCUACACGCGUUCCACAGGCGGAAUUCGACGUUAGAAAACCACAAAUUAUUUUAGCAUAUUAUGUAAUCGGAGAAAUAAUGCAAAAACAUCAGAAAACGAUGUAAAAAAAAAACAAAAACCUUCCCCACAUCGAUGGACAGUUCACUAACGCAAAUACAAAGAGAUGAACAAGUAAUCGAUAUAAACAAAAAGGAACAAGUUGAACUGCAUAUAACGCGAAGACAAGAACUUAAAAAUGAACGACUAACCCGCCAUAGGCAUUCUAAGCGAAAUGAAUUGAUUCGCUGCACAGAAAGUGUUCGCAAUACAUUUUCGAUCAACUUGAGCAAAGUUAGUUCCAUAAAACAAACUAAGUCCUGCACGAGUGCAAGUGCAAAAACUAGGACACCUUCAACAGUAGCAGCCGCAGUUGAAGUUGGCGAUAGUGAUGUUCAGUGCAUGAGGGACGACAGCGUAGACGUAAUGGGCGGUGGCUUCACUUCCGCAACAGCAAUCGUACAUUUGCAGCAACAACAAAACGUUGUUAAAAACGAAAUAGACGUCAUUGCAGUGCCAACAGUAGGCGAAAACAACAAACCAAUUUCCGUGGACAAAAAAAUAAAAAUAUCAACGCAAAUGCAGGAAAAAUUGUUGGACAAUAUACAAACGGAAAAUGACGACCAAAAAAGUGAAAAUACCUUCAAUAUAAACAACACAAAGAAGGAAAACAAACCAUCUACCGCAACAGUUAGAACCACAAACACCUGUCCAAGUUUGUCUGGGAAAAAUAAGGGUUCCAAAGAAUCAUGUGGCAGAUUUGCCGAGAAGUUGAGACGUUCAUUUCGACGCGGCGAACAUAAAUCACUUGAGAUCAAACCACUUGAACAUAGAUUGGAGAACCUCAGCGGUACAAAUCACAGAGAUAAACAGUACUCUCCAGACGAAAAAAACAGCAGCUGCAAUAGCCUUAUUGACAGUGGUGGUGGACACAGUUUUAACUUAAAACCCUUCGGCAUUAGAUCAUUGCCCCCACUACAACGCAAUUCGCAUUCUAUAUUUUCUCUUAGUCAUCUGCCUAGCCUGGGGGUCGGCGGAAGUGCAGACUCGGGUGGCGGUAGUAAAAGCAGUGCAUACAGUACGGCUGGUGGGGGGCAUAUCAAUCCGGCGCUACUUUUGGACAGUCCUGACGCAGACACACCACCUGAGUAUGCAUACCAUCACCUAAGUAGUGUCGCAACAACCAACUCAAGUACCUCUUUGGAAAGUAACUUUGGCGAGAUCGGCGAACGUACUUCGUCGUUAACCAGCAUCAGCUAUUGGGCGUGGCAUCAAUCGAACUCCUCUAUGGGUGGCGAGGUGAGCACUAAUAGCAACAAUGGUGUGUCAGGGGCAAGCAAUUCAGGACGUACGGUGGGCGACAGUGGUUUAACAGCGAAACAACAUAAACAAAAGCAAAAACUUAAAUCACAAAGCAGUAGUAAAAGUGAUAUUCACCAGCAACACACAAGUCGUAGUUGCAGCAUUACAAGCGAGAGCAGUUCAACGAAACUCACACGUCUUCAAAAUCUUCUUUUUAAGUCAAGUAAUGAAAGCACAAAAAGUAUUCACGCGCACUCCAAUGAGGGAUUUACGGCUUCGUCACAUAAUUCUUCUUCAGGUGAAUGGGAGAAUCUGGGAUUUUCAACAACUAGUGGUAGUUGUAGUCACGUAGCUGCCGAUUUUUAUGUCGGUAGUUUUCCAGAAGAAUCCGAUGAUAUUGAUAACGCAUUUACAGUGGCCCAACCAGCAGAUAGUAAUACAGUUGCCACGUCAAAGCCAAUACUAAAACGUGGUGACUCAAAUGAAACAGCCGGAUCGUAUUAUCAGUAUACGUUAACCUCACCGAAUAAUCCUUUUUUACCCGAAAUUAUCGCCCGCACCUAUCAUAGCGUCUAUGAUGAGGAGAACGAGCCUCUCGAGGAUAACGUGACCAAUGUUAAGUACGGUCAGGGAGAAGACCCGAGUGGGUUAGAAUUGGAUGGCAGUGGCUCGCAUUCGGCUCAACUACCAACGCCUGUAUAUAGUCGAGCUGGCUCGCAAGAGUCUACACAUAGUGAUAGCGCUAUUUCAGCAACAGCUACAGUGAAAAGCUGUGCUAAUGUACAACUACCUUCUAGUCCUAUUAACAGUUCAUCAUCAACUCCGGGGCGACAGCGUCGUAAACUGUUCAUUUUGAAUUCGCCUACACGACACUUGCUACAUCAACAGCCAUCUCACAAACCACAACCGCAAGUUACUACUCCAGAUACCUCCCUCCGUAAAUCUACACCAUGUACUUCCGCUUCCGAUAGCAAUGUUAUAAAGAGCCUUAAUCCCUUUCUUCCAAUUACGAGUACUGUUGAAGGUAUCAACAACAAAAACAACACGAACACAACGACCACAUCAACGACGACUAAAACACCAGCCGCGAUAAUAUACAGCGCAACGAAGCGUGCGCCACUAAAGCAAUCAGCCGUAACAUCUCCAAUCGCAAUGCCGCAGGAUUUGAAUACAAAACGCGAGGAAUUCUUGCGUGCUACCAUGAAGAUUUGCUUAGUAGUCUCUCCGCCAAAUAGUAAAUUACAGUUGAAAUCUAAAAGCUUAACACACUUGGACGGACUCGACCCCAUGGUAGCAGGUCAUCGUGGUGUUCCUGUUAACAUAACACCAAAUAUGAGCCGGAGCGAAGUUUGCACCAAUACAGCCACUUCAACAAUUCAAACCUCUCAACAGCUUUAUCCAGAUCAAUAUCCAUCUGCGUUGAACUCUUCUUCAACGGUAGCGAAUAUAAUCAGUGAAGAGACAACAGCUCCAACAGGCACCAGGCCUGUAACGAGUUAUAAGAAAAAAUCUCCAUUUGUACAGCGUAAAAAACCACUGCUAACACGCAGUGAGGUCACGAGUUCGGAAUACUUUUCUGUGAGUUUUUGUACAGAUCAAGGUGGUGUUGAGGAGGAAUUCAUACCAGCGACCAAAGGCGUAACUUUGCAUUCCGCGCUAAGUCAAGCAUUGAAAAGACGCAAUUUAACAUUUUCACAAAUCGCCAUUACUGAUAAUAAUCCUCCUAGCAGCUUUUUAGAAACAGGAUACUCACCAUUAGCAAGUUCUUUGGAUGAAAAUACUGAUGUAGAAAAUUUAGCUGGACAUCAUUUGACUGUAACUGAAAGCGAUGGCAGUCGAAAAACUUUGCAAAAGGCCGCAUCAUUUGGUUCCCGCACUCGUCCACCGCGAUUGCUCUCUUCUGCCUCUACGGAAGAGACCAGCGAAGCCGCUGUUCCAGGAAAACAACUCAAACAACGCUGGUCCGGUUUGUUCGGUAUUAAAAAUCCACAGCAAAGUCAAUUAUGUGAACUGCUGAAUAGUUACGCAAAGAAUGGUGUACCACAAAAGAGGGCAUCAGUAAAUUUCGAUCAUCCGGAUUUUGAUGCGGCCUUAGCAUAUUUGGACAAUAUGCACAAGUCGUGGAAAGAUAUUGUGGAUAGCACAGCUAUGAAUGAAAGCGAAAUGAGAAUACAAACUGCAAUUUGGGAGUUAGUUACCACCGAAGUAUACUACAUUCACGCACUCCAAACAGUGACAGAUCUCUUUUUGGCAUGUUUAGAAGCUGUGCAGUUGGAGCGACUGCUUACCGAUGUAGAUCAACAUCGACUAUUUUCGAAUGUACGGGAUAUAUGCGAAGCCAAUCUUAAGUUCUGGACUCUUUAUCUCUACCCCAUGGUGGCGCACAGUGUCGCUACUGGUGAACCUCUAGGUGUGGCGUUCUUCCACCAGGGUUUUGUUGCUUUCGCCUCAAUAUUCGCACCAUACAAAAAGUAUUGUGCAGAACAGAGUACUUGUCAGUUCUAUUGCAAGGAACUUAACCAUAACAAUACACUUUUUACAUCUUAUUUGGCCUGGUGUGAGUCACAAAAACUGUGUAACCGGCUCCGAUUGGCCGACAUUUUAGUGCGGCCGAUGCAGCGAUUGACCAAGUACAGUCUGCUUUUGACAGCGAUCAAGAAGCACAUGUUGGAUAUGGAGCAGAUCGAGGCAGUCGAUUCAAUGAUCCAUUCGGUUGAGAACUUCGUGUUUAGUGUGAAUAACCACUUGACAACGCGUCAGGAAAAUGAACGUUUAAAAGGUGUUAUGGCGCGCAUUGAGUCCUAUGAUGUAGUGGACACCAACAACGAGCAACUAGACAAAAUGAUAAAGCAAUAUAGUAAAAUGUUUGACUUGUGCGCUCCAAUGAAAGGAUGUCCAGCUCAUCAAGUGCGCCAUCUAUUCAUGGAAGGCGACCAUAAAUUCAAAGACCACCUUGGCAAGACCGACGUUCAUUGUUUUUUGCUGACGGAUAUGCUGCUUGUCUGCAAAGCGAUCGCGAAACGUGGUCUCGGUUCGCUGAAAGUGAUUCGUCAACCGUACUUAACCGAUAGACUUGUUGUACAACAAAGCAAUAAUAUUUUAAAUUGUAUCUACCUCAAUGAAUUUCAAGUGAUCGUUACUGCGUUCACUCUACAAUGUUCGGAGGCAAAAAAUUGGUAUGAGUCAAUAAAGCGCGCUAAAAUGAUUUACACAAGACUGAAACAAGGUACCGGCAAUUGGGACAAUUUCCGUUUGGCUGCGGGGAGUGGAGUAAGUGGCAGCACAAUGGAUGCACUUGGUAUAAAAAAAUCGCCAAUGAAUUCGUCAAUAUGCAGUCACGUAUCCAGCGCCAAUAAUAGUCACAGCGGCUCUGUCGAGUGGAAUGAUUCGCGUAAUAUAUCGGUGGAGUUUGAAAAGACCAAUUCAUUAUCCAGUGAGGAUGGAUCUAUGAGCAAAAAUUUGCAAUCCGGUCCACUCAAACUCAAAGUUAACACUGCAACGGCGAACACACUUUCAGUACAGCCACUUAAUCACUUGGGACAAAGUCUGCCGAACCUAAACCUGAACCAAAGCCAUACUACCCUCGACAGUAACUUAUAUUAUACUUAUAGUAAUAAUACACUACUGGUACCUGGCACAACAACAAGCCAUUCCGGAAAUUUGUUGCUUUCGCCUAGUCAUAGAGGAAUUUCUUAUCCACCACCUAGUCCAACAAGAGUUCCACUUCGUCGCGGCAUGGCCUUUUCUACCUCCACCAAAAAUCCGCCACUAGUCAAAACUCGCAAUAUUACUUCACAGAAUAGCAUUAACUGGUCACAACCGCAAUCUGCAGCGCCAAACUUACAACAGCGACACAAAGUACCAAUUAAUAGCAGCGUAGCGAGUAACGCAUCGAACGCCAUGCUAUCAACACCUUUUGGUGGAGCACAGCUUCCUCAAAAUAAAAGUCACGGAACUAACGAAAGCACAACCAGUGCAAGACCUGAAACCAUGGCAAUUCAACUGUCCAAUGAUAUAACAGAUGGUACUUGCCAACAGCAUCAGCAUCCUCACCAAAUGCCUACCUGCAACGAAACCGAUGUUUGAUUCGUUUGCAAGCAAAUGACAACAAAAGCAGCCUUUGUACUGCAACGGAAUUAAAAUAUGGAAAAUCAUGCAACGAAAAUAUGUUGCUGUUGCGGUUAUUGGGAAGGGGAGUAAUUAAAUGGACUCUUCCUGGCUUUAUUGCAAGCACGUAGAGGCACAAACUCAUAGUAUAUGUAUGUACAUAUACUUGUACACUUAUAAAGGAACAUUAGUGGCAUUAAUUGCGUUAUCGCAAAUGCAAACUACCAUAGUCAGUUGAUUCAUGUAUGUAGUAUUUUAUAGAUUACAAAGCGUGCGGAAGGAUCAUAGGGCUAACAUGCGUACAAACCAAAAACUAAAAAUAUAUAUAAAAUAAACGAUUACUUGCUUGUUAACGAAACCUUUGUAUACAAAGAUAUACUGUAGAAAACAUAUUGUUUAUUACAUUACUUUUGACAAAAAGCUACAAAAUUUUAACAAAAAAUAUGAAGGCAAAUAGGGAUUAGUAAAAUACUAGGGAAUAGUUAUUAGUACAUACAUAUGUAGUGGAUAUCAAUUUGUAUUCAAAUCAAAUAUAAUAUAUACCAAUAAUAAUUUACAAGUAAUGUAGCAAUAGAUUGCAUAAAAUCAGAACAAAUAAAUAAAAUAUAAAAAUCAAAGCAAAAAUAUUUAAUGAAAGUAAAUAAGAAACAUCAACCUAUUUUACCAAUACAAAGUAUGCAACGAUUUUUUAUAUUUUAAAUUUAAAAAUAUGUAAGUUCAUAAGAUUUCCUUAAAUCAGUAGGAGGAAAUGUGUAGUGAAGUAAGCACCACCAUAUGGCAACAAAUUUACAAGUGUACAUACAUAUAUGUCUCCACAAGAAUGUGGAUAUUUAGCAUUGGUUGUAGUGUUGUUAAUAAGUUAGUUAAGUUAUUGUAUAAAUGCAACCAUAUAAAGAAAUGGCGUUAAAAGCCUAAAUAACGAACUUGUACUUAUAGAAAGUCUCCUUUCACUUGUGUCCUUCCACAAGCCUACAGCUGUGAACAUAGUACUAUAUUCAGUGUAUUUUAUAUAUAUAUUUUUACAAUCAGUAAUACCGCAUGAUGUUUAAAUAGGCGAGCAAUUUUAUUGUAAAUAAAUUUGUAGUUUAUCCAAUGAAAAUGUUGGUAUUCUAGAACCGAGUAGCCAUUAGAGUUUGUAUUAUAUUGCAAGAAAAUUAUUCAAAUUGCCAGCAUUCAUAUAACUAGUAUAAAAUAUACAACAAAUAAAUGUUAUACCCAAACUGUAUUAGAAAGUAAAAAAUAAAAUUGAUUAAAAGUAUAGUUUAUGUAAAACCUAGUAUUUACUUAUGUAUGUAUAAAGGAGCAGCAUUGGCCAAGGCAAUAAUUUUAUACCAUAUAUACACGCAAAUAAGUUGUAGCUUUGGCCAAUGACAUAUUGGCAACAAUACGAGAAAAAAAUAUUUAUGCACACUGCUGUACAUAAAUAUGUUAUUAAAAACUGUGAUUCCAUAAUCAUUGAAAAUACAUUAAUCACAAGCAAUUAUUGUUUUCCCUUCCAUUAUGUAUAUAAUAUUGUAAUGUUGUUGCAACGGUAGUUAUUUGUUCGUUAGCCUUUUAUAAAUUUGAUAAAUAGGGAUUUGUAUUAACAAAGCUGUUGCUAAAAUCAAAAACACUUUUCCAAUAUAUAACAAUUAUUGUAUUAGCUUAGCAUGUCAGAGUUAAAAGUUGAUAUAUUGCGUUAAAAUGAAUCGUCUUCUUUAUGUUUAUGAUUCCAAACGAAACUAAUUUAAACUCUAGUAAUUGAAUAUUUCCUAUGAUAUUUAGCAUUUCAGGUAUGUAUGAUGCAAUCAGAAAAAUUUGAGCUGUCUCUACUAAAUUAAUUUUAAUUUUUCCGUUUAAAAUUCUAUAAAUACACAGCUUUAGAAAUAUUGUUGGUAAUAGGAAUGCUUAAGCAGCUUCCUAAUUUGUCUUGAAGAAUAUACUAUUUCCUCCUUACAAAUGUGAAUAAUUAUUAAUUAUUUAGCAAUUGGUCACAAAUACCGUUGUGUUAAUACUACUAUAAUAUCAUAUUCUAAAGUAAUUGUAAAAAUAUACGCAUACAUGUGUGUGAAACUGUAAAGAGAACAUCAAUUGAUUAUUAAGUACAAAGUAAGUAAUAUAAAAAUUAUCGUUAAAUUAUAUAGUUUACAUAUGUAUGUUCUGUACAAUACACCUACAUACAUACUUAUGUAUUUAUGCGGUUACUUUUAUUGUAUUAUACAUACUUGUGCAUUUUAUAUAAACGUAUGUAUUUAUAUGUAUUCUUAUAUAUGACUAAGCUAGCUCCCACUAAUCGGUUACUUAGAAAACUAUUAUAGCACGUUUAAACGGCGCCGCUUAUAUAAUUAAAUAGAAAAAAAGUACUUCCAACCGUGAGACUUUGAUAAGCUUAGUUAAUCUGAGAACUAACUACUUUGUUAUUUCGCUUGAAUCUGUUUCGAUAAUUUUUCAUUUUGUCGCAGCCGCAACCAUAUCCACGAAAUCAACACACUUUGCGUACUUGUGGCCUCAGUAGGACAGCUUUAAUUACACGCAUAAGGAAUUUCGCAAAUUCAUCAUCUGUUAUUAACUUAGACUAAUACUUUCAAGUAUUAUACAAUUGGUUUAAUUGAAUGAGGAAAAACCGUGUCAAAUCAAUUCAUCUUAAACUUGUCAGAUGCAAAUUUCCCGGCCUUGCAACUUAUCAAAAAAAUUUUUUUCAAAAUAUAGAAACAGCUAAAUAUUGAAUUUUCAAAAGUGAGAGGAAAACGGUGAAUGUUUCAAACAUUUAAUUAAAUAACAAACUAAAAGGCAAAUAUAUAACACAUAGUAGAUAUUGUAGUUUACAUAUUAUAUGUAUGUAAGUAUGUAUGUAUAUAUGACUUAAAACAUUAAUAUAUUUUAAAUUUAACAAGAAGGCGUGAAAAAAGUUCUAAAAAUUAUGAUGUAACAUACAAAAUGCUGAUUUUAGCAAUGUUGUAAUAUCAAUAAAUUAAUGGUGUAACUAAUUAGAAAGAAAUUGUAACACUAAAUGUGAAAUCGAAAGGUUUUAGAGGAAAUCAAUAUUUGCAAUUAUAUAUAAAAAAAAAAUUAAAA